AUGGGCUUGAAACAAAAGCUGACCAAACCGUUCAUCGACAUAUCCGUCAUGACGUGGGAUUUCGGGCUCUUUCUAGCGAACCUCGUCCUUCCGGCUCACCCGCCAAACAAAGUCAUUGCGGAAGGACUACCGGGACAUGCAGGGAAAUGGCCAGAAUAUGUACCACCACGCGAAGGUGACUCCAGGUCGGCAUGUCCGAUGCUAAACGCCAUGGCAAACCACGGCAUUCUUCCACACGAUGGCAAGAACAUCACGUUUCGCGACCUGAACACGACUGUUCGACAGACUUUCAAUUUUGCACCUUCGUUUUGUUUUUUCGUGCCCAAGUUUUCCGCCGACUUCCUGGGCCGCUCUUACUGGAACGACAAGUUUGAUCUCGCAGAACUGAGCAAGCACAACGCUAUCGAGCACGAUGCAAGCUUGACCAGGCAGGAUGCUGCGCAGGUGCCUGACCAGGGAAAGCCCGAUUUGCCCCUUGUGGAAGAGUUGCUAAGCAUGGCGACAGGAAAGGGAGAGCACGGUGGUCCGGUACUGACCAAAGAAGACCUCAGUAAGCAGCUCGCUAAGAGAAGAAGCGAGGCCAAGGCGCAAAACCCUCAGUACUCGGAAAGUUUAUUCCACAACAUGUUUGGAAGCGCCAACUCAUCGACCAUGCUCACAAUCUUUGGUGGCCGUGUUGACGAUUUGAAGCUCAUGCUUACUGAAGAAAAGUUUGCAGAGAACUGGGAACCACGCAUUCGGGCGCCAUAUGGCCUUACCAUGGCUGCGUUCAACGCGACAGUGUUGCCUGUAGAGAUGGGUGUCAAGAAGAAGCUCAAGCAGCAGUAGCCGACAACCUGGCUGCCACGGAGGCGCUUAGCGACGUCCUAUUCUUAGCCUGAAAGAGAAGCAUGGCUCUGUGCAAAUAUCGCCUAUGCCGUGUUAUCGAGAAGGAAACUUUAAGCGGGCGGUCUUUGGGAUGCGCACGGCCCGUAUAUAACUCCCCGGGGCGCACGUGGCAACGACGUUUUAGGUUCACUGGGCGGAUAGUACGUCCGCUUUGCUUGGAACUUGCUGGAACUCCGGACAUGCCGAUACGACGAGAUUUCUGUGACGGCAAGAGAAGUAGCCAAGUGAAAGUUUCCUGACGAGCAGUACUAUAGUGAAUCACGUGCGUGGUCUCUCUCACCCGAAUGCCA